UAACACUUUCAGAAGGGGUAGUGGUUGGGCAUCAUGUGACCCGUGCUAUUCUUGCUGGCGAUCGACCAUAUCGCUGCCGUAGAUCUUGCACGCCAGACCCGAUCGCAAACAUUGCCAUAUCGUGGCGUGUUUCUCGCAUAAGCGUUCGAUUAAUCCAGACUACCCGCCUUAUCUGGAUGUAUUGAGUGCAUUGCGGCGGAUAAAUUGAAAUUUGAUCACCUCGGAUCUUGGAGAGCCCUUGUUUAUCUAUCUGUUACAAUGGAGGAUGCGGAGGUUGAUCAUACUAAACCAAUCCCCGCCUUCUACUGCUGCUACUUGCUGCGCUCGACCAAACAGCGCACUUCCCUGUAUAUUGGAUCCACCCCGCACCCUGCCAGGCGACUUGCACAACACAAUGGGGACUCCAAAGGUGGCGCCCGCAAAACAGCCAAGGAUGACAAGAGACCGUGGGAAAUGGUCUUGCUCGUGGAAGGCUUCACGAGUCGUGUUGCUGCGUUGCAGUUCGAGUGGGCGUGGCAGAAUCCCAAAAUGUCUUCGCAGCACCCGGCAAAUCGCCACCAGCUCGAACUAGGGGCAGGCGACGAGGCCCAAGGUACAUCGGGGACUCACCCCAACGCGGACACGGGCAAAGCUAAGCACCGAGGUCGUGGUUCCCGGAGGUCGCUCAAGGCCCACCUGGAAGACCUGCAUCUUUUCCUACGUUCCACCUACUUUUCGAAAUGGCCCCUGAAAGUGCGCUUUUUCAACGCAGAUGUAUACCAGCUGUGGACGAGCUGGUGUGAUCGCGUGGAUAGCUUGCUUCCCGACCAUGUUCGCAUCAUCUUAGAUGGGGAUUGUCCGAACGACCGCCUCCCAUGCCAAGACGACUUGAGGGUGCAACGCGUGGACCAUAUCAAGGUCGACUACAGCCAUAUCCACGAUUACGUAGAGAAGUCACAUUUCUUACUAGACGACCCCACUGAUUUGCGUUGCAACGUAUGCCGCGCCACCAUCGUCCCAAGUGAAGACUUGGUGGUGGUUUGCCCCAAGGCAAACUGCUACUGCAUCAGCCAUCUAUUAUGUCUUUCCUCCAGGUUUCUAGAUUGCGCCAGGGAACCCGACCAGCUCGUCCCGAUUGACGGAAACUGUCCUCGAUGUGAUCAGGUCAUCCAAUGGUCAACCAUGAUGCAAGAAUUGAGCCUCCGAAGCCGCGGAUGCAACGAGGUCCAGACGAUCCUCCGAAAAGCAAAAAAAGGCCGUGGAAGGAGGCCUGGCGCUAUCCAUGAAACAAGCGCUGCAGACACCGGGAGCAAUGCUGUGGAAGCACCAAGCAGUAGAGCUGCAGGGGUUGAGAGUUCAACGGUCGGAGUCAGCGACAAUUUCGACAUGGAUUGUCGCGACGACGCUAGUUUGGACGAAAACUGGACCGAGUCCUUGGAUAUCGAUAUAGAGCCUGACAUCUUGGACCGCCCAAGGGCCCAUAACGCGGGAACAACUAGAGUCGAGAUCGUCAUAGAUGAUAGUGACUGCGACGAAGUGGAGGAAUUGGGAUGAUUGUCUUAUUUUCCUUGCAAUUUUC